AUGGAGGUGGCGCGCGCGGGGCGCACGGCCGGGCUGGCGCGCGAUGUGCUGGAGCGCGCGCGGCGGCGCGCGGGGACACCGGGACCGGGACCGGGACCGGAGGAAGAAUCCGAGCGCCUCAGUGCAGCCUUCGAUUCGAUCGUGAAGCUGAUGGGUAAAGUCUCGAGGGAAUGCGAGAAGUACUAUAGCUUCGUGGGAGCCCCGAGGUGCAAAGAGCAUGAAAUUAAACACAUCUGCAAAUACCAUGGCAGGCAAGCAGAGGAAAGAGAUGUGGAAGAAGAGAGGACUGAAGCUUCCAGAGCACCCAGUCGAGCUCAAACUUGCCAGCAACGUACCAGACAAGCUUCCAAAGACUUGUACAUCGAAGUUUCUCCUGGCAUCUACUCUGUCACAGCGAUCUCAGAUGACAUGGCGCAACAAACCCUCGUAGUAGAUGUCAACGCAGGACAAAGUGUUGAUGUAACUUUUGUUCUGUGAUGUUUGUUGUUUCUUGACAUCACAGGAAUAAAAUACAAGGCUCUUUUUACCGUGUGUAAUGAACUAUAAAUAACCUUUUCUUCUUAGCACUUUAACAGCAGCCUCCUCUUUGGGACUCCAUUUUUAUGGUCUGUAUAUUUGUUUUCUACUUAAUGCAAUUAUAUGCAACCCACUUUGUACACUGAUUUUAUAAAUAUUUGUACAUUGUGUGCCUCUUAAAUCCAAUUAUGUGACUUUGUAAUUCCAGAUUCUUCUGCUUUAAACAAUUAAAGAUACAAUCAGUGGAAUAAAAUACAUAAUCAAGCCUU